AUGAAGGUCGCUCGUCUCACGAUAUUGCCACUGCACGCGCCGCGUGCGAUUCACUCGAGCUCGAUCGACGAACUGAACGAGUGCCGCGCGCGCUCCUGCACGAAGCCGCGCGAGUCUCCCCUUAAGAGUGAAAGUCUGCAAAAAGAUCAGCGCUCUGUGCAAUACAAUCGUGAAGAUCGGCGCGCUUCGAACUCCGGUCUCCGAGGUCAUUGCCGCGCUAACAGCGGGCCAAUCGCUAGCAGGCGCAGACGUGCGCGGCGAGCGAUUGGAGGGUUGAAUCCGCUCCGCUCCCCGCGGCCCGCGCUCAGCUCGAGUUCGAAGACCCGAACCUUGCGGCCACCGCGGCCAAGGUCGCGCGAGAGCGGCACCGACAGAGAGACUAACCGAGCGUUCGAGUGGGACGUAGCCGUUGCCGGUUGCGUCACACUAUGA